UCUCACAUCUGGAGGAAGAUCAUGUCUUCCUCUCUUUCCAAAGAGAUGAGACAGAAGUACAAUGUUCGAUCUAUGCCCAUUCGAAAGGAUGAAGUUCAGGUUGUCCAAGGACACUAUAAAGGUCAGCAAAUUGGCAAAGUGGUCCAGGUGUACAGGAAGAAAUACAUUAUCUACAUUGAAUGGGUGAAUCGAGAAAAAGCUAAUGGCCCAAUGGUCCAUGUGGGCCUCCACCCAAGUAAGGUGGUUAUCACCAGGAUAAAGCUGGACAAAGACGACAAGAAGAUCCUGGAAGGGAAAGCCAAGUCUUGA